GGAAAACUAAAAUUGAGACUUGAGUGAGUCAUUUGCUUUCAAAUGGAGGGUUGGAGGCCAGGAAUAAGAUUAACCAUUAAUAUUUAUGAAGAUGAUCUAAGACUAAAUACAGUAAUAAUCUAGAAUACUUAAAUCCAGAUGACCCAUUGAGUCCUGUCAAGUUUCAUGUUUUGAUUUUUAAAUAAUUUUAACUAGGUACUCAACAAGACUUGCUUGAACAGAAAGUUUUCAUGCUGUAAUCAAUGUAGUGAGUGCACUUCCACUUCAUUCUGAAUUGUUCAGUAUAAUUGAAUUUUUCUCAAAAUGCGGAUUUCAUCAAUGAAUCACAUCUGGAGUGUGGUGCAAACGUCCUACUCACGGUUAGCUGUGGGAUGUCUUGUGCUGCUGUUGGCAGUCAUCCUGCUGGUCUGGAAUGAGACCAAUGCAGUGCAAAUGACACGCAGCCUGGAUGAGGGCCAGCAUCUGGUGGUGCCCCUGGCAUCAGCUGAUGCAGUUGCUGCUGAGCAUGAUGGCAAGGUAGUGCACGUGUCAGGGGAGCUGGUGACGUCGCCGCCCCUGCGAGACCUGCUCUAUGGCGUCGAGAUCGACGCCGUGCGUCUCAAGCGUCGUGUCCAGAUGUACCAGUGGAUCGAAGACCCCAACGAAGGGCUGGAUGUGGAGAUUUCUCCCGGUGACGCCUCGCCCCUCCGCCCGCCCGCCCCCUCCUACUCCACCGCUUGGAAGGACAAGCUGGUCGACAGCGGUCUCUUCAGCGUGCCAUAUGGCCACGACAACCCAACGUCGUUCCCCCUGCAGUCGGAAAUCCAGACGGCGGAGACCGUGAAGAUCGGCAACUACUUGCUGUCUUCGGAGAUCCUGGAGACCUUCACGAAGUUCGAGCCGUUCUCAGGGGACGAGGAGCCCAGCGGAGGGGACGUGAAGCUGCACGCGGGCAUGUACUACCACACCAGCGACAUCUUCAGUCCUCGUGUGGGGGACCUCAGGGUCCAGUUCUACUACGCCGGCCACGCCAGCACUAGCUACUCCAUCGUUGGUACGCUGGAGGGCUCCACCAUCAAGCCGUACCGCAGCUCCGGGGGGCAGGAGCUCGUGCUGCUGCAGGAGGGCACGCAGGGCGCUGACGCGGUGCUGGCGACCCACCAUAAACGUGCCUCACGUGCCGCGUGGGGCCUUAGACUCGUGGCCUUCACCCUCCUCUGCGCCGCCGUCGCCCUCCUGCUGCCCCUCCUCCAGGUUCUUGCGUGCGCGUGUGGUCUACCUCGUGACACCGGCGGGGGGUCGGGAGGCCGCCUGACGGUGAGCCUCGCGGCGACGCUGAACCUGGCGGUGGUGGCGGGGUGUUGGUGUCUCGACCGCCCCCUGCUGGCCCUGAUGCUUGGGGUGCUGGCUCUCUACCCCCCCGUCAAGUGGGGGUGGUGAGGAGGCACCCUCAUCCAAGCAGCUACCCUCAUCCAAGCAGCUACCCUCAUCCAAGCUGCUACCCUCAUCCAAGCUGCUACCCUCAUCCAAGCAGCUACCCUCAUUCAAGCAGCUACCCUCAUCCAAGCUGCUACCCUCAUCCAGGCAGCUACCCUCAUCCAGGCAGCUACCCUCAUCCAGGCCGCUUUACCCUCAUCGCUGAAUCAACUCACGUGUUCACGUUUGGUCGCCUUAUUCACCUCCCACUCCUAGUUUUGUCCUCGCGCCAAUGAUGGAAGUAAAUCUUUGAUUAUCCAUGCCGAUCUCAUCUUAUUCUUAGUAUCAAAUGAGGGCUUUUACACAUUCGUUGUUUUAUAUAGUAAUUAAAAAUAGUAAUUAAAAGAAGAAAUAUACUAGUCAUACGUUAUUCAUGAUGCUGUUUACUAUUCAUUACGUUAAUCUUGAUGCUGUUCACUAGUCAUUAUUUAAUCAUGAUGCUUUUUAUUAGUCAUUACCGUAAUUAUUACUUAGAACUCAUCUGAUGAUGCAUUCCAGUGUUUAAAUUGUAUCCGCUAUCGUGACCGAAUGAUUGAGAUUACUAAGUUUGGAGCAGUGAGUUGCGGGUUUGGACCCGCAGCUAGCUGUGGAGCUUGUGUGAUGCCAAAAAUGAGUAACCGGCCAGGCAGGCCUAAUCUUCAACACCAACCCCGCAUUCAUAUUUUUCAUUUUUUAUUAUAAACGCAUUCUUUAUAACUCGUACCAAAUAUGUAAUCUGCACGAAUUUCUUCAAUACUUUUUCUCUCAGGCAAACUAAAACUGAUGUAUAAUUUGCAUCUAAGCAAUAAGGUAUUUCUGUGUCAUAAUUCAUAACAAUUUUAAGUACAAGUUCAUUCCUAGUCAAAACGUCUAGAUGCUUUUAAUUGUGAUAUUUAUACAAAUGCAUUAGUUUUUGAUGAGCUCUUGUCUUAUUUAAUAGUUAUGAUAGUUUAAAGUCGCACCUAUGUUCAUCAUGCUGCGAGGUCGUCGUUGACUAAUCGAUCUCUAGUUCUUUGUUAUUAAUGAGUUUUAUAGAGCUUGCACGUAAGUUCCUUAUCAAUUUCAGUGUUUACUGUAAUUUGUAGUCGAUCAACAUCGUGCAUAUUUUAUAGCCCCUAUAACAGCGCUUCCCAACCUGGGAGUUAUCAAUUCCUGGGGUAAAUUAACUCUUAGGGUAAAAACUAUUUUUCUUGUAAUUCACCUGUACGUAGAAUUAUUCCAACCCUUGUAGAUAUAUCCUCUUGGGAGUAACUUUGUCUUUGAGGUACCUCAUUCAACUCUUAUGGUAAUUAACCUCAUCAACUCAUGGGUACUUUAUUUCUCUCGUUCUCUGUGAUAAUGGUGGAGUGAUGGUAUAUUCUAUCUGCCCACAGAGGGAAGGAGGAACGUUUGAGCGAGGUGUCGGUGGUAGGACAUCACAUACUUAUUCAGUUCUUGUGGCAUAAUACGCUUAAUAGCACGUAUAUUGAAGCAUAUAUAUGUAGCACGUAUAUCCACGCGACAUUUAUUCUCGCUUCAAAUCGCCGACAUGUGGAACAGCCUCCCCAAUGACAUCGUUGGCGCUCCAAGU